UGCCAGAAUUGGGUUGGUGCUGACUAUGACUCCGGCUAUACCCAAUGAAACAAGGCGCUGGAAGAUUACAGGGCGACUCCUGAUAUAUUCAGCUUUUUACCCCUGGUGCGCGCAGACGACGUGGAUAACGCCCGUCAUACAUGUGCAACGGUGCCAGAUCCACCAGGAACGCUGCUGGGUCGACUCUGCGAGUCCGCUCAAGAGCGUGCAUCUGACCAACACCAUCCUCAUGCGAUAAAUUCGUCUACGUGCUGUUGACCGUGAAUCUCGGAGACACGGUUGUGCCGGAUCGACUACCUGCAGAAGCGUGUCCGACAAUCAUAUUACAAACCGCAAGUGGCAUCGGGAUGGAUGGUCUUCAAGUUGUGGGCCGACCGGCAGGCAAUCAACGGUCCGGAGAAGAUGCGCCCGAGGUGGUUCAUAGAUGCGACGCACCGGAAGUGGUUCCGGGGGCGGCACCUGAAGUAGUGCCUUUAAUGACCUAUGCCGAGAAGUCGCCCGUCGGCGUGGCAUCCGUACCCUACGGGUAUCACCACUCUCCUUCGCCGUCACCGGCGCCGCCCGAAAGCGAACAGUUGUUCUACCCGCCAGCGUAUCUUCAACCGGGCCAAUAUGGGGCCUCGCCGGACAUGUACGGCGGGUCGCAGAUGAGCUAUCCGCCAUCGCAGGCCGGACGUUCUAUGGGGCCCCCGAAUAAGAAAAACGAGAGAAUUUGCGGCAUCAAAAGGACCCUUUUCCUCAUUUUACUCGCCGGCGGAGGUCUACUUCUCAUGGGGAUUGCGAUAGGCGUGGGAGUGGGAGUUGGCGCUGGGACCAAGAGCGACAGCAACACUGCCGGAGCGACUGCCUCAUCAAGUACAUCACCCACAAAGACAUCAGCUACAGCAACGGCAACCUCAACCACCCCAGCAGGACCAACCAACUGCCCAGACGUGGGCGAGAGGACGUAUUUUGCGAAGAACGGCAAGAAAUUCCUCCAAACGUGUGGAAUCGAUUAUUCCGGCGACGGAGGCGCCCACGAUUUGACGAACACGAAGACGACGACCUUUGACGAGUGCAUCGAGGAAUGCUCGACGACCAACGGGUGUACGGGGGCAGGAUGGGAAGACUUUCAGGACGAUGGGCAAGACAAGUAUCGCCGAGUGUGCUGGAUGAAAAAUGACUUACAAAAGUCACACUCUGCGGAGUCGGCAUACAGCUUUGCUGCCCUGGUUGAAUAGAGAAAUGGGCUGUAUGGCACGAGCCCGAGAAGUGAAGAGAUGGACACGAGGCGCUCGGGAAUGCUCAGUCCUCACGCAAACUGUAUUUCAGCUGGGUUUGAAGUCCUCACGGCCUUAAACCAAAGUGGCUGUUUCAUCAGGAACAACCAGCUGAGGAGACACUUGGAAACAGAGUUGAUGGGAUAUCGUUGGGUGCUCAGGGUUCUGAUCGCAGGUCGCAAACGCAGAUGUUCAGCUAUGGGAGGUUCUGUUUCAGCAAAAAGUGUUGGGUAAUGGGGAAAGAAGGCAGCGUAAUGCUUGGAGGAGGAUAUACCACGAGGAAAU